UCUUUUUCAGAAUAAGAGCAGUAAAUAGUUGACUAAAGUAACCUGCCAUGAAUGAAAUGCAGCAAGACUAGCUAGGCUCUUAGUCUUCUCUGGCCAGACUAGCUUGCAUCAGCUUUGCAACACUGUCUCUGUAAUGGCCAUGUUUCUUCCUCUAAUUUGCUUGAUAUCAUCAUUCUUUAGCUUUCUUUCGUUUUCAUCUCGUGCAACAGAUACUCUUACACCUUCAGACACGUUGAGAGAUGGUCAAAUCCUGGUUUCAGCUGGUGGAGUUUUUGAGCUUGGCUUCUUCGCUGAAAGCUUUUCAGGCUAUCACUAUCUGGGAAUUUGGUUGAGAGCUGAUGCAAGCAAGGUUGUCUGGGUUGAUCGCGAUACUCCCAUAUUGGAUUCAUCAGGCAUGCUUCAAAUCCUGUCAGGAAAUUUGGUUCUCACAGACCGUCGACAAGUGCAAUUGAUAGUCAACACAGGAAGUCUUGCCACGGCCACAACUGCUAACGCAAGUGCAACACUUCUUGAUACUGGAAAUUUUGUCCUCAAGGAAGCAGAUACAGGUAAUACUAUAUGGCAAAGUUUUGAUAUACCGAGUGAUACUUAUCUUCCUGGGAUGAAACUUGGGUUGUUUGGCCGAAACAUAUUUCACAGUAUUGUUUCUUGGGCAAGCCCCCAAAACCCAGCUCGUGGCAUCUUCACCUUAAGCAUUAAUAGCAACGACACCAGAAAGCUUUCAGUUCAGCGAGGAAAUAAUGGAGAGAAAAUAGAAAUCAGUUUCUGGGAUGGAAAUGGCAUCCGGUUUAUAUUUGAAAAUUCAACUGCCACUAUGUACAAUUUUAGCUUCCAGUCCAAUGCAACCGAAGCAUUCUACACUUUUACUACCAGUAAGAAUUAUGACCUUGUGUGGUUUGUGAUGAAUUACACUGGAAACCUGGACCAAUAUUUUAUGGUGGAUGGGAAGAUCUCGUCUGUGAGUCAUGCUUUGUGUGAGGCGUCAGCCGGUGGUAGUACUCGGACGUGUUCUAGUACAAUACCUUCUAACUGUAAAGAUGGUGCUGACUUUUCUCAGGCUAAUGGUUUGCUGCCAUCUACAUCUAAUACUACAGGUUCCCUAAAUAUGGUGAUUACUGAUUGUGAAACUUUCUGCAAGAACAAUUGUUCUUGUACCGCGUUCGCUUCAGUUCAGAAUGGUCAACCAGGAUGUCAACUUUACUAUGGGAGUAAACAGGAUUUAUUGAAGAACAUAGAGAAGGGGGCAGGGCUUAUUUACAUCCGGGGUGGUGCUCCAAGUGAUGCUAAGAAGUGGAAACUCAGGUUGGCUGUGGCGAUUCCUGUAGCUUCUCUCUUGGUUCUUAUUCCAAUCUUCUUCACCUGCUACCUGUGCUGGAGAAAGCGACUGAAAGAAGAACAAACUCAACAAGAAGCCAUUUUCAAUUCUGAUCAAGUGAGAUUGUUCCAUGCGUUGCCAUUUCAUCACCAUGAAGUUGGAGGUGUGAAUAACAUGGAACUAGGCAUACACAAGGAUAAAGAAUUGCCCCUUUUUAGUUUUGCCACCAUAAAGAAGGCAACAAAUUACUUUGCAGAUUCUAAUAAACUUGGAGAAGGUGGAUAUGGGCCUGUCUAUAAGGGCAAGUUGCUAGUUGAAGGACAUGAAAUUGCAGUGAAAAGGCUGUCCAAGAUUUCCAGGCAAGGGUUGAGGGAGUUCAAAAACGAAGUCUCACUGAUUUGUAAGCUUCAACAUAGAAACUUGGUUAGGCUUCUGGGAUGCUGCAUUGAAGCAGAAGAAAGCAUACUGAUUUACGAGUACAUGCCCAACAAAAGUCUAGAUUUCUUCAUUUUUGACUCAACCAAACAGGUACUUUUGGAUUGGAGAAGGCGUGUUAACAUUAUUGAAGGGAUUGCACAAGGUCUUCUAUAUCUUCACAAAUACUCGAGAUUAAGGAUCAUUCACCGUGAUUUAAAGGCCAGCAAUAUUCUGCUGGACGGUGACAUGAACCCCAAGAUUUCUGAUUUUGGCAUGGCAAGAAUUUUCAGGGACAAUGACAUUAGAGGAAAAACAAACCGGGUUGUUGGUACAUUUGGUUAUAUGUCUCCUGAGUACGCAAUGGGCGGUCUCUUUUCUGAAAAAUCCGAUGUCUUUAGCUUUGGGGUGAUCUUAUUAGAGAUCAUAAGCGGCGAGAAGAAUAUUGCAUUCUUUGAGGCUGAUCACUCUCUGAACUUACUCAGCAAAGCUUGGCAUUUGUGGAAAGAAGGAAGCAGCAUGGAGUUAAUGGAUUCAACACUGCGUGCUUCGUGUUCAAGCAGUGAAGUUAUCAGAUGCAUACAGAUGGGUCUUCUGUGCGUACAAGAAAAAGCUAUUGAUCGACCAACCAUGUCGGAUGUUGUUUCUAUGCUAAGCAAUCAGCCAUUUGCUCUGCCUCUUCCCAAAGAACCUGCAUUUUUGAGUCAUUCAAGCUCCACUGAUGCAGAUUCAUCUUCCAGUAGGCAAAGAUAUUACUCUAAAAAUGAUAUGACAAUUUCAGAAGAAUGUGGCAGGUAGAAACUUAGAAGUCACCAGGGUUUGUAGUUCAUAAUAUUGUUGCCGCUAAAGAGUUCAUUUUACUUGUAUAAACGCUGUAAGCAGUGCACAAGGAAAUGCACAUUUUUCACCUUAUACAAUUGUAAUUAGGGGCACAUUGUAGUAUAUUGUACAAUUGUUUCCACUCUCCUACAUAGUGGAGAAAUGGUAAGAGAGGUGUCCUUGAAC